AUGAAAUUCGUGGCAUUGAGCUCGGCAGUUGGUUUUGUAGAUGUUUCUGACAUAUCCAGAUUACCUUUUGAGCCGCUUGAAGCCUUCCAACUCUUCCUUCGCAGUAUCAAAAUCCACAAUCCUAGCGUUAUAAUCAGGAUUGCGCCGACUGCGGCGCCGACCCCGAUCCCAGUCUUCGCGCCUGUUGAAAGUCCAGAGGAUUUUAUGUGUGAUUCUGAUGAGGAAGUGGCAGAUGUUGCUAUUUGCGAAGUUGUGGUAGUGGCCGCUGUUUGGGACGUGAAAUCGCCUGAUCGCCAUCGUAUCGAGACUCCUUUGGCAUUGAUACCGUCUGCUGAGGUCGUCAAGCUGCUUAAAGUGGAGCCUUUGGUGAACGUCCAUACCGACGAAGUCGUGACACGCGAGGUACAUCUAUUAGUCGUGAACCAGUCAAGAUCGCUUCUCGUCUGCACAUUAUAA